GUGAAGAACAUGCCACUGCUUCAGGCACCUAAGGAGGCUGUGCUAGCUAAUCUCCGCAGUACAGAGAAGCGUCUGCUGCGAGACCCUCAAAGAGCAGCAGCAUACUGUGCAGAGAUUGGAAAGCUGGAAAAUGCGGGCUAUGCUGUUAAAGUGUCAGGAGAAGAGCUGAGCAAAGCAGCUGAGUCCUGGUUCAUCCCACAUCACAUGGUGAGCCACAACGAAAAGAACAGAAUUGUGUUCAACUGUUCCUACACGUAUAAAGAUAAAAACCUCAACAAUCUGCUAUUGCCUGGGCCCACCUUAAGUUCCAGUUUACUGGGUGUACUGCUGCGCUUCAGAGAGCAUGCUAUUGCUAUCAGCAGUGAUAUCAAGGGCAUGUUCCACCAGGUGAGGCUGCUCCCGGAAGACAAGCCCUUGCUGCGCUUCCUGUGGCGAGACCUGAAUACAGAGGAACCACCUAACAUCUAUACAUGGCAAGUUCUUCCAUUUGGCACCACAUGUAGCCCCUGUUGUGCAACGUUUGCGCUGCAGAAACAUGUGUUAGACCACAGCCAGCCAGGUGAGGAUGUUCGAGUGUCGAUAGAACGAUCCUUUUAUGUGGAUAAUUGUCUGCAAAGCCUCACAUCUGUUGAAGAAGCCCAUCACCUGGUCGAUAAACUGACUUCACUGUUGGCUACAGGUGGAUUUGAGUUACGCCAGUGGGCCAGUAACAACCCGGAAGUCAUCAGUCAUCUGCCCAAAGAAGCAAGAUCUGAGAGCAGUGAGUUGUGGCUCAAUGAGUCAGGCACUGACCCACAGGAGCUCGCCCUUGGACUCCGCUGGUUAUGCAUUCAGACACCUUAAGGUAUAAAUACCGUAUGCUGGACAAAACUACACCCACCAUGCGAAAUAUAUACCGAGUUCUGUCACGCCUUUAUGAUCCCUUGGGAUUUAUAGUCCCCUUUACCACGCGGGCCAAAGUUCUGGUGCAGCACUUGUGGGAUAAACAGAGAGACUGGGAUGACCCGUCACUACCUGAGGAUGUGCUGCAGUCAUGGCUGACGUGGGAAGAAGAAUUGGAGCAUCUCUCCCAGAUAAUACUGCCUCGCUGCUAUGUGAGCCUUGAGAUGGACAGUUCAAACCACCAGAGAGACCUACACAUCUUUGCUGAUGCGUCAGAGAAGGCAUAUGGCUCAGUGGCAUAUUUGCGGACGGAGAGUUCACACGGCAGUGCAGAGGUCUCUUUUGUUGCUGCCAGGUCUAGGGUGGCCCCGAAGAAGCAGCAAUCAAUACCCAGACUGGAGUUGUGUGCUGCUCUGACAGCUGCACAGCUAGCUGCCCUAUUGCAAAGAGAGUUGACAGUUAAUAUCCGCAAUGUUGUCUUCUGGACAGACUCCACAACAGUACUCGCAUGGCUCCAGUCCGAUUCCUGUCGGUACAAGGUAUUUGUGGGAACACGUGUAGCCGAAAUCCAGGAGCUGACUGAUGUCCGGGCCUGGAGAUAUGUGGAUUCUGUUAAUAACCCAGCCGAUGACAUUACGCGGGGAAAAUCACUGCUGGAACUGGCCAGUAAGACCAGAUGGAGUCAGGGCCCUGCCUUCUUACAACAGUCACCUAAAGUCUGGCCUACACAGCCAGCCACAGAGGUAACAGAGGAUCCUGUUGAGCUGCGAAAACCCACUAUUUGCUAUCUCACUACAGGCAUACAGACUUCUCUGCUACCAAAUGCUGAUCAAUUUUCCUCUUUUAGAGCGCUGAUAGAAGCGGUUGCACAAUCGAGCACUGUGUCAUCAGGGAGCCCAGUCAGUCUUUCUGCCGAUGAUUACCAAGAAGCAGAGAGAGAAGUAUUGAGACGAGCUCAGCAGGACAGCUUUCCUGAAGAGUUUAGUCUCUUGAGUACCAGUAAGCCAGUAGCUGCCAACAGUAGGCUGAUCUCUCUUGCUCCAGAGUACGACAAGACUCUUAGACUCAUACGGGUUGGAGGAAGGCUUCGCCGCAGUGAACAGCUAGAGCUAGAUUCUAUUCACCCAGUGGUCCUGGACCAUCGGCAUAAAGUGACCCAGCUCAUCAUCCAGGACAUGGACAAAAGCCUCCGCCAUCCAGGAUCAGAGCGCCUUUUCGCAGAGCUGCGGCGCAAAUACUGGAUUCUGCAUGGACGUGAAGCUGUUAAGCGCCAUCAGCACUCCUGUCCUGACUGCCAAAGAUGGAGAGCCUCUCCUGUAGUACCCAAGAUGGCAGACCUCCCACAGUCAAGACUACAGCUGCUGAAGCCCCCAUUCUUCUCUACGGGCAUGGACUGCUUCGGACCUUUCACAGUGAGGGUUGGUCGUCGCCAUGAGAAGAGAUGGGGCAUACUAUUUAAAUGUCUGACGACGCGCGCUGUGCAUGUGGAUGUUCUGUCCAGCAUGGACUCUGAUUCCUUUUUGAUGGCUCUCCGCCGUUUCAUUGCACGAAGGGGUAAGCCAGCAGAGCUCCGGUCCGACCAGGGCACUAAUUUUAAGGGAGGUGAAAGAGAACUCCAAGAGGCCUUCAGGUCAUUACACCCCACAAUCCAGACUCAUCUGGCUAAACACCAGAUUAGGUUUCAGUUUAACCCCCCAAGCGCACCACACUUUGGAGGCGUCUGGGAGAGAGAAGUGAGGUCUGUGAAAGCUGCACUGUAUGCCACCAUCCAAUCACAGACGGUACCUGAAGAGGUCCUGCGGACGGUACUUAUUGAAGUGGAAGGGAUUUUAAAUUCUAAACCACUGGGUUAUGUGUCAACAGAUGUGGCUGAUGUUGACCCAGUUACCCCCAACUUGCUCCUCAUGGGGCGGCUCGACCCCUCUUUACCACAGGCUGUGUAUGCUGAGUCUGAGCUCCUGAGUCGCCAUCGCUGGAGACAUUCUCAGGUGUUAGCCGACCAGUUUUGGUCCCACUUUAUACGACACUACCUCCCGACUCUUCAGACUCGCUCCAAGUGGCACAAGGACCCUGCACAGCUGCAAACUGGAACCAUAGUCAUGGUGGUGGACCCACAGCUGCCAAGAGCACAGUGGCCUUUAGGUCAUGUCACGGAGGUCAUUACAGGAACUGAUGGAAGAGUCAGGACUGCAGUAGUUAAAGUCAAGGACAAACUCUACACAAGGCCUGUUGCUCGCCUGGUAGCUCUGCCUGCCAUACCAGACAGUGAUACGAUCAGUCCUUCUUAGAGUAGCAAAUAUAGUGUAACAUAUUUGGGGGCGGCUGUGACGAAGGACGACCCCUUUCAGGCAGAUAGACCUGUCUGCGUGAGAAUCAGCCAAUCAGGAGCGUCAUUGCGCUCUGCGACCAGCGGAAGCGGACAGGUUAAGUUUCAGUUUCGAAAGCUCAAAAGAGAGCGCUGACGUUGGAAUACUGUGCAGUUAAUAAAUAAUAUAAGAGAGUGUUGCUGUUCUUAAGAGUUUUAGUAAUGUGUGCGUGCAACUACCAAACCACACACAAAUACUUUCUUUAAUAAAACAUCCUAAAGAGAA